AUGGGUGGGCUUUGCUCGAGAAGGUCAACUGACGACACCGUAAUAUCCAGUGCAAUUCCACAUGUUAACGGGCGAUUGAGUUACGGCUCUGGAAUCAUUUAUCAGUCGCGUGGAUUGGGCUUAAAAGAAGAUGAUAGUAGACCAAAUGAUGUAGAAGUUAAGGAUAGGGAAUUGAGAGAGCCUUUCUCCUUCCCAGAAUUGAGUUCGGUACCUCCCGGCCUGAAUUUGGACGACUUUAAUGAUGACAUUCCUCGUCUGUCGAGGGUUUCAUCGGAUAAAUCGAGGUCAACGAGAUCAAAGCAAGUUGCGAUGGCUAAGGUCUCAGAAGUGAGUUCACUUUUGGGCCGAGCAGGCACUGCUGGCCUCGGCAAAGCAGUUGAUGUUCUCGACACGCUCGGCAGCAGCAUGACUAAUUUGAACAUUAGUGGUGGUUUUGCAUCCGGGAUAGCCACUAAGGGGAUUCCCAUCUCGAUUUUGGCCUUUGAGGUGGCAAACACAGUCGUUAAAGGUGCUAAUCUGAUGCACUCUCUUUCACAUGAGAACAUUCGGCAUUUGAAAGAGAUUGUGCUGCCUUCUGAAGGCGUACAACAGUUAAUAUCGAAGAACAUGGAUGAGCUCCUAAGCAUUGCUGCAUCCGACAAGAGGGAUGAGUUGAAAGUCUUUUCUGGUGAAGUCAUUCGUUUUGGGAAUCGCUGUAAGGAUCCCCAGUGGCACAACUUGGACCGUUUUUUCGAGAAAUUGGAAAUGGAUCCCACCCCUCACGAACAGUUGAAAGAAGCAGCAGAAGCCGAUAUGCAACAGUUGAUGAUGUUGGUUCAGUACACAGCAGAACUGUACCAUGAAAUGCAUGCACUGGACAGAUUCGAACAGGACUGCCGGCGCAAGGCUCAAGAAGAGGAGAGCUCAAGUUCUACACUGAGAGAAGGAGACAGCCUCGCAAUUUUACGUGCAGAACUAAAGACCCAGAAAAAACAUGUAAAGAGUUUGAAAAAGAAGUCACUGUGGUCUAAGAUCUUGGAGGAGGUUAUGGAGAAGCUUGUGGACAUAGUUCAUUUUCUACAUUUGGAGAUUCAUUCGGCAUUCGGUAGCAGUGAUGGAAACACGCCCGCAAAAGACCAUCACCAGAGUUUGGGAUCUGCGGGGCUUUCACUGCACUAUGCAAAUAUUAUCAACCAAAUCGAUACACUUGUAACAAGGUCGAAUUCGGUGCCACCAAGCACAAGAGAUGCUCUAUAUCAGGGACUGCCGCCAACUAUAAAGUCUGCUUUACGCGCCAAAUUACAGUCUUUUCAACUCAAGGAAGAGUUAACAGUCCCACAAAUCAAGGCAGAAAUGGAGAAAACACUGCAGUGGCUGGUCCCCAUGGCAACCAAUACAACCAAGCUACACCACGGCUUUGGUUGGGUCGGAGAAUGGGCUAACACAGGUGAGUCGAGGGCCGCAAACGGGCCCAGGCCCAAAUCUCCAAUUCAGUUCCCCAACCAGAAAGCCCUCCAGCUGUCGGCCCACAGUCCCGCCUCACCCUCGUCGGGCCUAUCAGUCGAGGACCAACUCAUGCUCCACGGCAUGAGCAAACGGAAACUGACGCCCGGGAUAAGUAAAAGCCAAGAAAUCGACACCUCGAAAACGAGGCUUCUGUGCAAAAACAACAGGCUCAGCAAGAGCAGCAAUCACUCAUCUACUACACGAGAGGGCAAGUGGGACCCGUUCCCGAUCAGGCGGCCUUCCUCAGUCCCCAUUAUCAAUUUUGACAUCGACCGGAUAAAGGCACUGGACGUCAUCGACCGAGUCGACACAAUUUGA